AUGAAAAGCUGGAGAGCCGUUUUGCAGAGGAAAAAAAACGCGACAGAGCGCCGUUUUGUCACUGUGCGCAACGUGGGCUCGAUUAACGAAAUCAUUCUGCAGCGCCUGCUCGCCGUUACCAUCGCGCGGACGCGCGCGGAUGGUUUUACCUCCGUGGUGUUUCUAGUCGUUGGGUUCAUUGCCGCGGUGGUCGGAACGAUUUUUCCUACGGUUCUGGUCUUUUUUCCGACCAUUCAAGAAGUGCCAGUGGAGGUGGUGGGCGAUAAUGAGUACGCGUCCAGAGUUCGCCCCCGCGCCGCGGCAGGCGUGGACGGGGAUGAGACCACCACAGGGGAGCAGCAGCCGCAGCAGGAACAACUACCUGCGCAACAAGAAGCCGGCGGGGCCGCCGUCGUGAUGGAGACCGAGACCUACUAUUUUCUCCCGGAAGAUUUCAUUGACCAAGGUACCCUUUCAAACGUUUGCUGUAGUCACGGCUCGGCCCAGGGGAAAGUAUGGUCAGCCUGUCUUGUCUGCUAUGCGAUGUCCAUGCUACUUAGUCGCUACACCUUCAAACUGUAUCCGGAUUGGUGUCCGUUCAACGGCGCUGACGAUGCGGGCGAUCUUGCCAAUGCCGAGCUUGGGCUUGGAGAGGUAAGCAGUUUCCGCGAGGUGAUUUACCGAAUGCUUUGGUUGCUGGUUCCGAACAUCCUCUUCAUCCUGGUUGCAGCAAUUCCCACGGUGAACGAGGCGGGUGCUCGAUCCGGAAAAUCGAAAAAGAACUCCAGCACGACUCCUUCUCCUGCUUCAGGAGUGCGGCCAGUUCUUCUGUCGGACGAGUCCGGCCCGCAUGUGCAGGGCGUAAACCCCGAUAAUUUGCGCGAAAACGCCGGCAGUGCUACGAGUGUCGCCCAGGAAGCCUUCUUGACACGAAGCAGAGGCUGGCUCAAGUUCAUGCACGGCGGGCUGGCGAUGAUAGCGAUUGGUGGGCUCCUUUUGGCUGAGAGUCUACAGCUUUUCGUCGGGGAGGGCGUCCACGUCGUCGAUUUGUUCACGAUGUCGGGCCAAAGCGCCCGGAACGCGGCGCAGCACGACGGGUCGUGGGUGGAGCACCGGAUGUCGCCGAGUCUGUUUACCGCUGAGACGUCGGAGUGUAACGGUAUGUGGCCGUCCGAGAAGAGACUUCCGAGAAUCUUCCGUUUUCGGGUGGUCACGGUGGUUCUCGCAUUCGUCUGCAUGGUCUGCUGUGCCGUUUCGUCCCUUACGCUCGACAAGCUUAGAAGUGAAGUAGUUGACGAUAAAAUUGUGCGGAUGCAAAAAGGGUCGCUGGUACCCACCACCACCAGUCUCUUCCUGCCACGUCUUGUGUACAUCCUCGAGCUGAUCACAAUGUUGCUCUUGUGGACCCUUCCUUUCUAUCCUGCGCUCAUCAAUGAAUACCGAUUCCCGGGCGAUCUUCGUGCACUGAACCAAGACAUCACAACUCAAGUGAGAGAGAUUUACAGGUUCCAUGCUGACGCCCUCCCGCAGUGCGGAACGUAUUUUGACCUCGCUGCUCCGCGUGUCUGCAGUGAUCUGGAUCAAAAUCCGUACAACAUUCAUUUGAACAAUCCAAACGACUCGGAGUAUGGUCACUCGAAGUGGAUGUGGUGGCAGGCGGAACAGAGCGGCAACGUUCCCAUCGUGGAUGCAAACGAACCGGACCAGGGGUCUUGGAAGAACUGGCUGGCCUACACACAAGAGCGCUGGCUCUGGCACGGGAUGGCUCUGGUCAAUGUCACGGAAAGUUCGUGA